AUGUGGUGCGAUACAAGAUUGUUGCUGAAUGAUUGGGUGCAUGGAAUAGCGUUCGGAAUGAGCAACGAUGUGCUGCAAGAGGUGUCGCAGANCGAAAUGCUCACCAUGCGUGGUGCGUUGUUGAAGUCGUUCAUGAGACACUCACUACCGAAAAAGUUGGUCGUUGAAUCGAUGCCGCCAUCGAAUAUGCAAAAAUCGUCGAAUCUACAAAACCAAUCGGCAUCCGCAACAGACACUUCGCGUAAGCAGAAUCGUUGA